UGUUUACAGUCGUGUUUUAUAGGAUUGGCACAAGCAGCAGAAACAGCGAACGGCUCGGGCUCGACUCAGAGCGACGAGAUUAUUGCUGGAAUAAAGUUGAUCGCGCGCGGACCGAACACUUUCAGUUUAGUGGAUGCACUCGGCCCGAUCGGUACGUUUUCGCGACUUUUGCUGAAGGUUUCGUUUUGUAUUUUUUUUUGUGUGAGCCUUUUCAGCCUUUGGGUGCGCUGUUUUUUUUCUUCUUCGGUGCAACUCCACUCGGAACAAGUCUCUCGGCUUAGGGUUGGCUGGAUUCAUAUUUUGCGGCUACGGCCAUAGAGUGUGGUGACUAAAAUAGUAGCAACAAUCUGCGAGCAGCAGGAAAAAGAAGUGUGUUUGCCGCAAAACCCACCAAGAAAGUCGCUAUAAACGAAAGGAAAAGUGUUGUGGUGGUGUUUGCGAUCGUUAGUUCCGCGAGUCCACAUUGCGGAUGUGAGAUCAAUAUUUUAAGGGAACAUCAAAGGCUUCAAAACCCAUAAAAAGAAGUUGCGGUGAACGCAGGAGAGAAGUGCUUGUGUUCCUUAAGCAAAUCAAAUGUCAAGCUAGGGUUCGCGAAAGGGAAACACUGUUAAAAUCAAUAAACGAACGAACGAGAAGCACAGCCGUCGAUUCAGAAUCGCUUGAAGCGGGAGGAGAAGGGCUACAUUAUGAAACAGCUACAGCAUUGGUGGUGCCCGGUGCGAUUUCCGACGACCGCAAAUCGAUUGUUCCUGGCGGCGUUAAUUUUCCUCGCCCUCGCACCGGUGAAGGGAUACCCCGACAGUGGUGGUGGCCACGCCGCCGAAGCGAACCAGCACGAGCACUGUAACCAUCAGCACCCGAAAGCUCACGAGGUGAUACAUGGAGUUCAGCUGGAGCCAUUACACGUAAUACGAAAGCGAAGCAUCGACCAACCGCUUCGGAUACUGCUAGUCUACGAUGAGUCGGUGUACCGACUCGAUAGUGAUAAGUUUUCUCUAAUUAAUGAUACCAUUCUUCCGGAUGCCGUCCGCUUCUGGGAACAGGCACUUAUGGUGCGCCAAACGAAGGAGAUUAUAAGACUGAAUCGAAAGUGCGAAAGUAGUCAGGUGUUUGUGAAAAAUUCACUCACCUAUUGCAUCGAUUCUUGCAAACCGGUCACACUUUGCGGUGAAGUGCAGGUUCCAGAGGAUCAUCUAGAUGUGUGUCGCGUGUGCAAUUCCACUGGUCAAGACUGUAGGGAGGAUCCAAGCACUUCCGCUGGAAUAGGCAUUUCCAAUGCAGAUUUCGUGUUCUACGUAUCGGCACGGCAGUCGGAACGUUGUCACAAGGGUUUAACGGUGGCCUACGCAGCACAUUGUCAACAGGAAGCCGCUCUGGAUCGACCCAUAGCUGGGCAUGCGAACCUUUGUCCAGAAAGUAUAAGCACCAAACCUCAGGAACUUCAGACGCUGCUCUCGACCGUAAAGCAUGAAAUCUUGCAUGCUUUGGGAUUCUCUGUAAGUUUGUAUGCCUUUUUUCGGGACGACGAAGGAAACCCGCGGACGCCUCGAAAGCCCGACACAGGCAAACCCUAUCUGAAUGAAAAGCUGCAAAUUCACCAGUGGAGUGAUCAAACCAUCCGGAAGAUCGUCCGCGACAAUUGGGCUGUCCGGGGUGGACACAUUAACCGAACGCUCGACAUGAUGGUGACUCCGAGGGUUACCAAAGAGAUAAGGGAUCACUUUAGCUGUCAAAAGCUAGAAGGUGCCGAACUGGAAGAUCAAGGUGGUGAAGGCACUGCUCUAACACACUGGGAAAAGCGAGUACUGGAGAACGAGGCCAUGACGGGGACGCACACACAAAGCUCGGCUUUCUCGCGGAUAACGCUGGCACUGAUGGAAGACUCCGGGUGGUAUAAAGCAAAUUACAGCAUGGCAUCGCCUCUCACGUGGGGUCGAGGGUUAGGCUGUAACUUUGCGAUGAGAAGCUGCAAGGAUUGGAUAACGGCCAAUAAUGCAAGCUCGAUUGAAGGAUUCUCUGAAAUUGCUAAAGGGCGCUCCAUUCAUCCGUUCUGUGCCAAGGUAAAGCGUGAUCCGUUGCAGACGGAAUGCACCGACGACCGCAGCUCGGUGGCUUUGUGCAACCUGAUACGCCACGAAAGUCCUCUGCCCCGCCAAUAUCAGAACUUUGAUUCACUGGCUCACGUGCCGACCGGUGAGGAGGCGUACUACGGAGGAUCGGUAUCGCUGGCGGACCAUUGCCCGUACAUCCAGGAGUUCACGUGGCGCAGCCGAAACGUGGUGGUUCGGGGGUCACAGUGCCAGUUUGAGGACAAUAAUCCCAAACCAGAGAAAAACUUUGCGUUAGAAUCGUACGGAGCCGAGUCGAAGUGCUUCGAUCACAGCGAGCACAUGUGGGAGGAAAGAUCCUGUCGGCAGACGCGUGAGUGGCAACAUUGGGGUUCCGGAUGCUACAAGUAUAAGUGCGAAAAAGGACGGUUGCACAUUGUUAUAGCAAACUACUCGUACCCUUGCUUCUAUGCUGGCCAGAGCCUAAACGUGCAGCUGAUGGCCGGUGGAUGGCUUCAUAAAGGUGCUGUCAUAUGCCCAUCCUGCAAGGAAAUGUGCAACGAAGAGUUCGAACUACGGGGAGAACGGUGUAAAGUCAGUGAAGAUUCUCCCCCGUUGAGUUUUUAUCCGAAAGAUGAACUGAAAUGUGGUUCGAAUGCAGCGGUGCAUUUGGUGAACUCGCUUUUGUUAGCGAUUGCCGUCAGUCUGAUGGCAGCUGGACGAUUAAGCAGAUAAUUCCGGAUUCCUACUUUAGACGUAUGUGACGUUUCGUAACGUUGUUAAUUUAUGUAUGCAAGUCUAAUAUCAUGUGAUAGUGUUCAUCUGUGUUUAAUUUUGGUUUUAAACUGCACAACAGAAGCUUUUAUUUAGUUUUAAGUUUUGUCAGUCACAACGUAUGUAAAUACCUUUUCUUACCUGUAAAUAAUGAACAUAAACGUACAAUACAUUUUAACGAACAAAUAUUGUAUAUAGCUAGGUGCUGAAAACAUCAAAAACUGCAAUUAAAGAGACAGCCAGAAAGAUCUCAGUAUAAGUAAACGAACAAAUAUCUAUAUCGUUGUUACACGUGUCGACAGAAAACAAAUAGUUGAUAGAAUAAGUAGUAAGAUUAACUAAUUAUGAUUCUGCUAAACCCCAAAAAUAAGUGUGAAUAAAAAUCCACGCGAAGCAGACCAUUCCUGUCAGGGUGUUCCACAAAUUGGCAUCGACACUAUUCCAAGAAGUAGCAGGAUCGAUCGAUAGGACUAGAAAAUAAACUGCCAAAGUCGAUCUAUGUUGUGGUCUAAAAAGCAUGAAUAAAAUGUAAAGAUUUCUACAGUAA